UGUGACUACAGCCAAAGAGAAGGGGGGGAGAGAGAGGGAAAAAAUAAAGCAGUGAAACAGUUAGACACCUACUCGGCGCUUACGCUCGGCCGUAUUUUAAUAAACAAGGACGCGUACAACACACUGUAGCCUGUUCCUUGUCGGCUUGUCACUCCUCUCUGCCCGGCCGUGUCUUCUUCCCAUCCGCUGAAAAGAAGCCGUGGUGGGUUUUUUUUUUGUAGCGAGCGGAGGAUUAACAAGGUGGAAUCAGAAUUACUCCAAAUCUUCACAUGAAACAUUUCCCACCAAAGCGGAUGAUGCUGCUGCUGCCGCCGCCGACGUGUGCCUAAAAGAAGUCGGCUUCACAACUUGGCGAUUUGACAUCAUUCACUCCAGGUGUAUGUGCCGAGGCGGUAUGCCCCGGGGAAUAGUGCUGACAGUGCACUAGGAGUCUGAACCUUGUCAGUGUUUGUGGCUGAGGAGGAGAGGUACCGUGCCGAGCCGUGCCGAGCCGAGCCGAGCCGAGCCGAGCCGUCCUGUGCCGUGCUGUGUUUGACGCCAUGUCCCUGACUGACAAACACAAAGUGAAGAGGCAGCGACUGGACCGGAUCUGCGAAGCACCACCCCCCAAAUCUCUGGGGACACACUACAGCAAGUAUGUCGCUCCCCGACCUCCCCGGUCCCUCCGGGAUGAUCCAUUCAUGCCAAGAGGGAUGCCGGCUGUAGGCCAUCGAAGGGGUAUUCGGCCCCAAAUCAUGAACGGGCCAAUGCAUCCGCGCCCCCUGGUGGCAUUGCUGGACGGGCGCGACUGCACAGUGGAGAUGCCCAUCCUGAAAGACUUGGCUACUGUUGCCUUCUGUGAUGCUCAGUCCACACAGGAGAUACAUGAGAAGGUGCUCAAUGAGGCAGUGGGAGCCAUGAUGUACCACACCAUCACCCUAACCAGAGAGGACCUGGAAAAGUUCAAAGCGUUACGCAUCAUCAUCCGCAUCGGCAGCGGCUACGACAACAUUGACAUCAAGGCUGCUGGAGAGCUGGGCAUCGCUGUGUGUAACAUUCCCUCAGCAGCUGUGGAGGAGACGGCAGACUCCACCCUGUGCCACAUCCUCAACCUUUACCGGCGAAACACCUGGCUGUACCAGGCUCUCCGGGAGGGCACGCGGGUCCAGAGCGUGGAGCAGAUCCGCGAGGUGGCAUCCGGCGCCGCCCGCAUCCGUGGCGAAACCCUGGGCCUCAUCGGCUUCGGUCGCUCAGGCCAGGCAGUGGCGGUGCGGGCCAAAGUUUUCGGGUUCAACGUCAUCUUCUACGACCCCUACCUGCAGGACGGCCUGGAGCGCUCACUGGGCGUCCAGCGUGUCUACACCCUGCAGGACCUGCUCUACCAGAGCGACUGCGUCUCCCUGCACUGCAACCUGAACGAACACAACCACCAUCUCAUCAACGACUUCACCAUCAAACAGAUGCGUCAGGGUGCGUUCCUGGUAAAUACCGCACGGGGAGGCCUGGUGGACGAAAAGGCCCUGGCCCAAGCGCUGAAGGAGGGAAGGAUACGUGGAGCCGCCUUGGACGUUCACGAGACAGAGCCCUUCACUUUUACUCAGGGCCCGCUGAAAGACGCUCCAAACGUGAUCUGCACACCACACACAGCCUGGUACAGCGAGCAGGCCUCUCUGGAGAUGAGGGAGGCAGCCGCCACCGAGAUCCGGAGAGCCAUCACCGGCCGUAUCCCAGACAGCCUAAGAAACUGCGUCAACAAGGAGUUCUUCGUCACCACGGCACCCUGGGCAGUAAUGGAUCAACCAGGCGUCCACCCUGAGCUCAAUGGCGCCGCCUACAGAUACCCACCGGGUGUAGUUGGAGUGGCUCCAGGCGGCAUUCCAGGGGCGUUAGAGGGCAUGGUGCCAGGUGGGGUGCCCAUCGCCCACUCCCUGCCCUCUGGUACACACCCCUCCCAGGCCCCAUCGCCCAACCAGCCCUCCAAACACGGCGAGACCAGAGAGCACCUCACCGAGCAAUAGCAGCAGAAGGGAUACAAACAGUAACAUCUCAUCCGACCCGUCGACACUCAGAACCAACCAAUCACAAAGCAACUAACCAACUGGGACCAAGAGACAGUGAAACAACACAAGUGGCUGCCUGUUAAAUCAGUCAGCGACUGGGAACAAAAGAAGUGUUCCGGGGGAAUUUGUACUUUUAAUGUUUUAGUUUUUACUCUCUGUCUCUUCGGGCUCAAUACCGACUCUACUCUUUGAUGAUUUUUUUUUUUGUUUGUUUGUUUGUUUUUCUUCGGGACAUGCCUAUGAUUGUGGACACAGAGUCCAGUGUUUUUAGCGCUCCGGGAUAAACCAAUGAGACUCUGUCCCGCCCCCUCCCCCCUCCCCCCUUUACACCUCAGAGCUCAUGUGAAAUGUAGGCCCACAUCUCAACACACCUAUGGGCGAACAAGCGAAAAAAAACUUUGGCAUCAUGUGCUACUGGACCUUAACCCCCCUCACCCACCAGAACCACACCCACCCAACCAACUUCAUCCCUGAUCCUCCCCACCCUCCUUAUGUAAUUAAUGUGUGUUGUUUAGGCCCCUCAUUACACCUCAGAAGAGAAUUAUUAAUUUUUUUUUUCCUUUUGAUCUUUAGUGUGAAUGACUAAGAAUGAAUUAUUGACUUAUAUAUAUUUAUCAUUCGUCAAAUAAAAAGGAAAAGAUUGCUCAUCAGUUAUAGUAAUCUAGAGUGGGUUUUAACCCUUUCCUGGCAAUAAUACAUACAGUAUGACGGCUGUCACAGUUGCAGUUACGGGAUCUCACCACUUGAUGGCACUUCUACACAGUGUGAGGGAUUUCCACCGCGACACUAAACAAAACAUUCACUUCACAUUCGAUUGUAGCAGAAUUUUGAAAAUAUAUGGAUUUACAGAGAGCAGCCAUCAAAGUACUGAACUUUUCUUCAAAGCUGUUAAGAGAUGGAGAUGUGUCAGUGUGACUGAGAGCUGUGAAGAAGAAACACUUUUUAUAAUCCUCAAAAAAAAGAAAUAAUGAAGUUGGUGCGGUCGCAUCCGAUUCCUCUGUUGACAAACGGACAUUUCUGAUGACAGCCAACAGACGGCCGAUCUCAUCUUUGUGGCAGCAGCGCACAUAUUGUGACCACCUCUCUGCAUCCUCGCUUGUAUGAACACGUUUCACACUAAAGACAGGAAAGGGUUAAAUCAAACUUCAUUUCUUAAUGACUCAGGAAAACACUUUUUUGAAGAUAGUUUAUUCCCAGAAUUUUGUCUUUGAGAAAAAAAGAUAAGACUAAACUGGUUAGUCUGGAUAUUUUCUCUCCUCCCUCGUCCUCUCCAUUGUGGUAUUUUUAUAUACAAGGCGCAUCCCACGUUUUUGGUGUUACAGAGUUUUGAAGAGUCUUGUUAGAUUUGUAUUGCCUAGUUAAAUGUUCCUAUAACCAUAGUCCUAUGUGAUCCAUCCUCUCUCUUCUCUCCUUCUUAUAUUUUCUUUGUUCUAUUGAAGGCCAGGUUCUUUGGGGCAUCCUGUACUCUGUAAGAGCAAUAGCAGAAACUCCUACUUAGUGUCCCAACAAUAGCAGAAGAGGCAGCCAGCAGUAUGUUUUUGUUUUUAGUGUGAGUAUUUGUAUUUGUUUCUUGUACAAGGUGAACAUUUAGCAUUCAGUGCAGUUCAAAUAAAAGAUACGAUUCGAUACGAGAACA